CAGUACAUCUCUUUCCUCUUUGAACUCUCUCUUUCUCACAAUCUCAGCUGCAUAACUCCCUCUUCAAACUACUGGUAGUAAUUACUUUUCACCUUUCCGAUUUCUUCACUUUUUCCACAAAUCCCAAUUAAAUUAAUCAAACCCCAGAACCCCAGUCCUAUACAGUUUAAUCUAAAGUCAACAUUUUCCUGGAGUAGUGUAUUUUAUGCAGAGAUUAGGGAGGCUGAAGAGUUAAUUUUAUAGGUGAGAAUAAUGGCCGAGCUAAACCCACUUGACGGACAAAUUAACGGCGGCGGCGGCGGAGGAGGAGGAGGGGGAAAUGGGGAGACGAUGGUGGGGACGGCGACGAAGCGGCAGAGAAGACCGAGUGUGAGAUUAGGCGACAUUGGAGGCGACCCACCACUGGCGGCCUAUGAACACCUGCACCAGCAGCAUAGGAGGGCCUCAUCCAAGCAGCAGCUGCAGUAUCAAUGGAAGCAGCAGCAGAAAGGUUCGAGAUUGAGAAAUAAUGAAACCCUAGCGGUGGAUAAGAAUGGGAUUAGCAAUAGCGAAGAUGGGAUUGAGGGUUUUGUUAAUGAAGGCGAGGAAGGUAAUGAAGGGGAUAUGGAUUUGGAUAGGGUUGCUAUUGGGAGCUGGAAAACUUUUCGGGAUUCGUCGAUGAAAUCGAAGAGGGGGAGAGGGGGUUCUAUUAGGAAGAGGGUUAGGUCGAAUUGGGUUUCGUCUAAAGUUGAUGAAAGUGGGAAAUUAUUGACCAGUGGAGGUGAAGGGGAAGGGGAUGGGGAAGAGGGUUUUCAUUUGGACAAUGAUGAUGGGAUGGAUAGGGAUUUUGCACGUGAAAACUCUGAUGAGGAGGUGGACAGAAAUGAGAGCCCAAUUCGUUCUUUUGAGAAUAAUGAUGCGGAUAUUGAUGUGGAUAGAGAAAGAGGGUUUUUGAAAGUAGGGGAGAAAAACAGGAGAGUGACUACUAGGGUUUCUGAUGAAAUGGAGGGGCCUAGUGAUUCGGUAGAGAGAAAUGGAGUGAAGGCUUGGUUGAACCAGUUGGGCUUAGGGAGAUAUGCCCCAGUUUUCGAGAUUCAUGAGGUGGAUGAUGAGGUUUUGCCAAUGUUGACACUGGAGGAUUUGAAGGAUAUGGGAAUUAAUGCUGUUGGGACGCGGAGGAAAAUGUAUUGCUCAAUUCAGAAGCUCAAUAAGGGAUUCUCCUAGAUGAUGAAGUUUCUGGCAUGUGGAAAGAGAAGAUUUAGCAUCAAGAGUUUACUAGGAGGGUUGGGCGGUCAGCAACCAUUUGGGGGUAUCUUCUUUGCAGCCUAACAUAAUAGUUUUGCAGAAUUAUGUUUUUUGUUUUAUGAAUUUCCCUAGAUUUUGUGUUUUUUUUCUAAUCGAUGUCCGCUCAUGGUAUAUAUUGUUCUAGUUAGUCUUGACUUUGCUGAGGUAGUUCAUAGUUAAGAGUAUGCCAAUAACUGUUUAACCGCAAGGUCAAACUGAGUGAUGAUAGAUUUAUGUGAUAAUAGUUGCUGUAA